CACACAUCACACACACAAAAGACAGACCCCGAGAAGCGCAUCCGGGAUGGGAAACAGCAAAAGCAGCGCCUUGUCCAAGGAGAUCCUGGAGGAACUGAAGCUCAACACCAAGUACACCGAGGAGGAGCUCUUCACCUGGUACCAGAGCUUCCUCAAGGAGUGCCCCAGCGGGCGCAUCACCAAGGAGCAGUUCGAGGGCAUCUACGCCAGCUUCUUCCCGGACGCCAACUCCACCGACUACGCGCGGCACGUCUUCCGCAGUUUCGACACCAACGCCGACGGCACGCUGGACUUUAAGGAGUACAUCGUGGCCCUGCACCUCACCUCGACUGGGAAGACCACGCGGAAGCUCGAGUGGGCCUUCUCGCUCUACGACGUGGACGGCAACGGCACCAUUAGUAAAAAUGAGAUCCAGGAAAUUGUCAAGGCGAUAUUCAACAUGAUCCCAACCGAGGACCAGGAGGAUCUCCCAGAGGACGAGAACUCACCAGAGAAGCGAGCAGAUAAAAUCUGGAACUAUUUUGGAAAGGAAGAAAAUGAUAAAAUCAAAGAGGGGGAGUUUAUACAGGGCGUGCUGGACAACCAGGACAUCCUCCGGUUGAUGCAGUACGAUGAGCCUCAGAAGAUCAAAAACAAACUGAGGGAAAAGACAAACUAAAAUGCUCAGAGGAUGACCUGGAUCACUCAUCCAUCCGUCAACACAGUCAAGACUGUUCAAAAAGCCUCACUGUUCACACACACAGAAAACAGAUACAUACAUACAUACCCACACGAAUA